AAAAGGAUGAGAUGCAGAGAAAUCUAAGCAGUGUUUCGCUUCUUGGGGCAUUUCAAAUUAUAAUCUGAUUUGGGCACCAGAGAGAGAGGCAGAGGGGGGGAGAGGAGCACCCAUUCCUUAUCGUCACCCCCUCCUCCCCUCCUCCUGAGCCACAGGGAGGGAAAAAAGGCUUCAUGCUGACACACACACACACACACAGAGGAAAACAGUAUACAAGGCCGCAAGUCAUUAGUUCUUGGUGGGCAAGCACUGACAAAGGACUGAGGGAGAACCUGCAUGGGUGCCUGACUGGAGAUCAUCCACAGGGAUUAGAGCUGAGCAAAAAGCUCUCCUUUAAUCUGAUUUUUUUUUUUUCUGUGUGAGGAAGGAUCCCGAUCAGACCCGCACACAGCGGCCAGUGGAUCGGCUGCACUUCCUCCCGUGUGCUGAUCUGAUUGUUUUGGAUGCGAGGACAAGCCGCGGGCGGUCCGCGUCGCCUUCAACCGCCGCAGCCGGCGAAGAAGAAGAGGACAGCAGCCAACGAUUAAACGAGCAGUGACAUUUUUUUUUUCUUGUGUGUAAUUUCUUCAGAAUGCUGCUUAGGUCGCCGCAGAACAGGGGAGCCGUGCUCUCUGUCUCACUGGAUUAAAUAAAAACGGCUUUCUUUUUCGGCUUAAGACAAACUCUUUGUGUUGAGGUUUUUUAUCUGCGGUGUUUCUUCCUUUUUACGGGACAACACGGACACACUGAACCGAGUGAGGGGAAUUUUUGGCGUUGAAGUCCAAAGGAAUGCUGAAGUAAAAGUUGCCCUUCUGACUCUAUUUCCAGGUCAUAGUGAAGUGGGCGGGGCUUGUUUUUUUUUUUUUAACGCCUAAACGGCCCCAUUUUUACUACUAAAACUGCUUUUUUUUUGUCCCGAACACUUUCCACACUACUAGUUGGGCUUUAUUUGGUCACUAAAUGAAGAUAAAAGGGAAGCUGAAGAGGUGUUAAACCCAAACGCACAGCACCGUCCGGACUCUGGGCUCUUUUAUGACCGCAUCCAGAACCCUCGGCUGCCUGGCCUCAUUUUUCUUCCGUGCUGAUUUGGUAACCAAGCGAUGGCCAUGGUGAGUGGGGGCUGGGGAGAUCCCAACGGGGGCACCAACGGGCUCGGGGACAAGGGCUACCUGCGGGGGGAUGAGGAAGACGGCUCCCCGCAAGCCGGGGGCAGCGACAUGGAAGCCGGGGAUGAGGACAAGGCCUGCGUGGUGGACUGCGUGGUGUGCGGGGACAAGUCCAGCGGGAAACACUACGGCGUGUUUACCUGCGAGGGCUGCAAGAGCUUCUUCAAGAGGAGCGUGAGGCGUAACCUCAGCUACACAUGCAGGUCCAACAGGGAGUGUCAGAUCGACCAGCACCACAGGAACCAGUGCCAGUACUGCCGCCUGAAGAAAUGUUUCCGCGUCGGCAUGAGAAAAGAAGGUAACUCCUCCAGGAACGGCUGGGUAAAUCCCACCAGUUCUGAUCUCUGA